AUGGAGUCGCGCUGCGGGCUCACUCGAAGGAGACCUUGUCUCUCGUUUUCUCUCGCUGCCAAGGCGACUGGAUAUGUCGCAGCCGAGCCCCUGCGAGGUGACUCGGCGCAUCCGCGUGUCAGCGUCUGUCGCCACCCCGAGGAUUGUCGUCUUUCUGCAGAGAGGCCUCUCUCAUCGCCGUCUUCUGGCCUACCUUCCCUACGGGCUUCCUGCUCCGCGCCGCACCCACGCCUGCGCGCGGCCUGCAUUCUCGCGCUCCUCACCGCUCUGCUCACCUCGCCUGUCGCGCGCGGCGCGGCGAGCGCCAAUCGCGCAGAGACGAGUCCGUCAGGGCAGAGCCGACACCCGUUCCUGGAUGAGGCGCGCGAGUUCGAGGCCGACGCCGAGUGGAAGCCCCGCGGCCGCGCGCCUUUGUCCGUCGCUGACGUCGCGGAAGCCGCGAUUCAGACGCUCGACAGACUCACUGCAGAUCUGAAGCACAGUCCCCUCGCGCACGAUAUCGACCAAGACGAAGAAGAAAAACUCGACAGAGUGGACACGCGGCUCUCUGAGGGCGAUCAGAUGCUGAAGCACAUCGGCUGCUUCAGGCUCGCGGAGCGUCACCUGGCGGAAAACCGCGCGACGUACAAGGAUCUGCUCGAGAAGUUCUCGCCGCAGAAGGGCAUGCGGCAGGACGAAAUGCUUCGUCUGAUGUUCCACGGCGCCUGGGUCGCUUGCUACCAGACGUUUGAGACGCCCGAUGACGUGCAGCGGCUUACGCGGGGCCACCUCAGCCCGCAGGAGCAGCUCGCGGCACUCUACCGCGGGCCUACGACCCCGCUGCGCUUUUCCAAGAAGCAGCACAGCUUCGCUGAGCAAUCCAUUCGCAAGUUCGCGACGGAAUCGCCCUCGAGCCGCGUGGCCAUCAACGGCGUGCGGGGCUACGUCUACGCGGUCGUCAUCGUAAUUCUUCUGUUCCUUGCCUGCAUGUUUGUUUACCGAAAGUGGAUGAAGAAGCGAAAGUGUUCGGUCGGCAACGACCGAGGAAGGGGGCGAAAGACUGCGCCAGCGGAUCAGCGAAGCGGUAGCAAGACGCACUGA